UGUAGGCAGAAGCCCACAGACUGUGAUUCACUGUAAAGGAGGAGCCAGUUAAACAGCGUGGACUGUCGGAGAAGAGAGGAGGAGAGAAGAAAGCGAGCUGAGGGCUGUGAGACGACGAGAGGACGGGUCGGCUGAAGCGAGAGUGCGAGGUUUACCAGCUUUUUAUUUCCUCCGGAAUCCUCGACGUGUCUUAAAGAAGCCUGCGAAGUGAAGGACUCUCAGGAUGGAGCGGAUGGAGUCAAUGGAGCCGAUCUCGGCAUACUACACCACGGCUUACCCGGAGAUCCAACCAGACAGUACUUACGGAUCCAAAGAGACAACCGAGAGCCAGGCAAUGACUCCACCACCUCCAACAUAUGACGAGGAGUUGGUGCACAAGACAAUCCUGGUUGGGGACAGUGGUGUGGGAAAGACAUCUCUGCUGGUGCAGUUUGAUCAGGGCAAGUUCAUCCCUGGCUCAUUCUCUGCCACAGUGGGCAUCGGAUUCACAAAUAAAGUGGUGACUGUGGAUAACGUAAAGGUCAAACUGCAGAUAUGGGACACAGCAGGACAGGAAAGGUUCAGAAGUGUGACACAUGCGUAUUACAGAGAUGCACACGCUUUGCUCCUUUUGUAUGACAUCACCAGCAAAUCAUCUUUUGACAACAUUAGGGCUUGGUUAACAGAGAUCCACGAGUAUGCACAGAGCAAUGUAGUCAUCAUGUUGCUGGGCAACAAGGCCGACAUGAGCAGUGACCGAGCGAUCAGGAGAGAUGAAGGAGAGAGGCUGGCCAGAGAGUACUCAGUUCCUUUCAUGGAGACAAGUGCCAAGACAGGGGUCAAUGUAGAUCUGGCCUUCACUGCUGUGGCCAAGGAGUUGAAGCAUCGGGCCAUCCAGCAUCCCAGUGAACCCAAGUUCCAGAUUCAUGAAUAUAUUGAGGCACAGAAGGAGAAGUCAGGCUGCUGCAGCUACUUUUAAAACUUAUCUCCCAACUCUUCCUCCUCCCAUAGCUCUGGGCGAACAGACUGUCAGAGACACAUUACUGAGUGGGAGGAAGCCCUGUAUCUCACUGCUGCUCACAAAAUGUUACACUGCCAUUCAUUCAAGACUAAAAGCCAAACGUACAUCAGUGGAUUAACCAUGCUACAGACCCACACAAGUUUUCUUUAGCUGAAUACCUCCAACUCUCCAGACGUCAGUUUGCACUACUGAUGCUUUCUAAAGUACAUUCAAGGAAAGAGUAGUUAUUUAUUUGAUAUGUUACAAAAUAUUCCCUCAGGGAAUUUUCCUUUUUUUUUUUUUUUUUAACUUAGAUGAUCAAUAUUAGUCUCUUGUAUUUGUUUUAUUAAUGCAAUUGCAGUCAAGAGUUAGUAAAUCUGGAGGCAGGAGCAACAGCUAGCCUGACGCUGUCACAAACCACCUACAACUCCAUAACAUAGUUUUCUCAUUUGUUUAACAUGAACCAUGAUAACAGACAGUGUAUCUUAGCCUGUUAGCAUGAGAACUUUUACUAAUUUUGAUUAAGCGCAGUGCAAGCGAUGCUAAAGGAGCCUUUCAUUUAGAGAAUAUCUGGUUAUAAAUCCAAUUAAAAACCUUUUCAUGACAUUUACAUGCAUCUUCUAUUUUUAAAAUUGUAUUUAUUUAUUUAUUUAUUUUUGCAUAACUUAGCAUACUAAGCAUAUGGAACCAUACUAAAUACACAGAUAUAUAAUUAAAAUCAGUGUUAUGCCUCACUGUUAAUAAGUAAUUAUAAAAAAAUUAUAAUUAUCUAUAUAAAAUGUAUUUUCUCUUGGUGAAGUUAUAUGAUUCAUGUGUCUUUGGAACAGUUAUUUUUGUUAAUAUUUUCUGUUGUUUCCUCACAUGUGGACGGUAAGGUGCUAGGCUGGUUAGCGCUUUUGCCUCACAACAACAAGGUUACUGGUUUAAGCCCUGGUUGGGAUCAUUCUGUGUAGAGUUUGCAUGUUCUCCCUGUGCCUGUGAUGAUUUUUCUCAUGCAUAUUGGGUUAACUGGUGUUUCUAAAUGAACUGUAGACCGUAUGUAAGGAACUUAAACUACUUGGAGCAUGUAGAAUAAACAUUGGCAUGCAGAGCAAUGCAUCUGUGAACUGUGUCUCUGGGAGAAGGAUUACUGUGAAGAGCGAACAUUCGAUACUAAGUACUUGAGUUGUUGUCUGUUAUUUAAGGGAGCGUUAUGUACAUACAGCAUGAGUUGAAUAAUUUUAUAUUGUGUUAUACUGUGCAAAAGUCUUGAGUCACCCUUGUAAUAGUUGCAGCAUCGCUUGGGGGGG